GUGCGGUGAGCCCUAAGGAAGUACUCGCCAGUCUCUCGACCUGCGCGUUCGACGUCGCCUACCAUGUUGCAUGAUCUUCCUCCAGAACUGGUGCUUUCUGUUCUUUGGUAUCUACCGUUGCAGUCAAUUCAGUCUCUUCGUUUGACCUCACGGUAUUUGAACGAUUUGGUCGAAGCCAACAAAAUAUCGGUUUAUCAUGAUGCCGCCUUGUAUCACAAAUUUGUAUCAUCUUCCAAUCCUUCCCUGCAUCAUAUAAUUGAGAAUCGCUAUGGGACACUGUGGAGUGGCGUCGACGAGUGGUCAGAUUUCUGUAGACGAAGCUUCCAACUUGAAAGGAACUGGAUAGGAAAGGGUGUUUCUGCUGCUAGGGUGUUGUCCGGAGCUGGGAACGAUAUCUACCGUAUCAAAAUCGACGAGAAAGAGCGUAUCUGCAUCACCUCACACCGGCGCGGCGGGAUCACUGUGACCAAUCUCUUCCCCGAUGAAGUUCUCUGGAGUCUACCGACAUUCUACGUCCGCCGAUGCGCACAUUGCGAAUACGAUAACGGCUUUCUGAUCUUCGAUCGUCCAUGGCAAGCCAAAGAAGUAUGGCGCCUUGCCAAGGAUUUCAGUCCAGAAGAUGUGACCUCCGCUGCGCCAGAUCACAUGCAGCUUCGGGCGUCCGACUAUGCAAGAGGGCGACACCAGGAGCACAACGAGCGCGGACACUUCCGUCCGUGGUCGCUCAUCGCUCUCCCAGAGCCCACUUGGGCGUUCCGCUUUGUCUAUCCCACGCUGAUCACCGCGGGCCUUCGUCAUGCGUACCUGUACAACGUGUGUACAAGAGAACUGGUCCAGGUCAUCGACGGAAUUACGGAGCAAGAUAUGACGAUUCACUAUGUCGAUCUGAGCUCACGACACGUCUUCAUCUGCCAUCAAGACGGAGUCCGCAUAUUCUCGCGAGAGAGUGGGUUGUUGGUCAUGGAAAUUCAAUACGUACACGGAACACGCUACACCCAGGUUGCCCUCCACUUCUCAGAGUUGACUCCGUCUAAGCUCGUGUCGCCUGUUGUCAUUGCUUCAGCUCAAUUCGAGGUUCCACACCGUUUUGUCACAGAUUUUGUUGCAGGUCGAUCCUUUCCUUAUAACUGA